ACUGUCAAAUGUAGGUGUAUCAACGUCUCCGUGAAGUUAUCCCCUAAGGUGGUGAAGUUUACAAAUAAAAUAAUAAAUAUGGAGAAUAGAAAAUAUUUUGAAAUAUAGAUUAGUGAUAUGAUGAACUUAUUCAAUCAAAAAUUUUUGCGUCCAUUUGAAACAAACUCGAAAUAAGAUAAAUAAAUUCAAAUGAUUUAUGGCCUCUACAAAUUGUCGUAAAAAAAGCUUUCGCGAAAAUUGUCCUAAUAAUUUAACAAUUAUUAUGUCACUAACGUCAUUACUGUCAAAUAUAGGUAUUUAACCUACGAAAGUUUGUUUCAUUCAAGUUUACAAAUACAAUAAUAAAUAUGGAGAGGAAUAGAAAAGAUUUUCGCCCCAACCGUUCUAAUAAUAUUUCACCAUGGAAUGGAAAUAUUGAUUCGCAAUCCAAUUAUAAUCAGUGGAAUAAUAGUAAUAUUCCAAAUCAUUGGAAUAAUCAACAAACAAUGCAACGAAUUUCUCCGUGGGUACAAAAUCAGAAUAAUAGAGCUGAUCCAUGGCAAAACAAUAAUUCAAUAACAUGGAAUCAACAGUCGUCGACACCUCAAAAUAAUAGGAGUGGAGGUAUUUGGAUACAACAAACAGGGAAUCCAAAUAGAAGGAACGUUGGUAAUUGGUCUGCGAAAAACAACCCCAACUGGGAGCGUAGGACUCCUUACGAUCGACCAUCAAGUGAUAGAAAUAGAUCAAAUAGGGGCCAAAAAAUUGAUAGAUCUGAGUCAAAUAGUCGAGAAAGGACACAAAUAAGACAACGCGACCUUUCUCCAGAACUUCAGUCUGAGCCUAUAGUUUCCCUAACACCGUUAGAAGCUAAAAUUGAAAAGUUAAUAACAGCUGUACAAAGUCAACCAGAUAACAUCGGACAACUUAUUUUACUACAGAAUAACAAUGAAAUACCGCCAGUUUUAUUGAAUAACGCAGCACAUCAGGUAAAAAAUUGUGUAAUGGCUAUUGAUAGAGAUGAGGCAACAGGUUACUCCAAAUUAAGAAUAAACUCAACAAUAAUCGCUGAAGGUAUGUAUUCUUCAAAAAAGGAUGCAAAAGAAGCUCUUUAUGAAAUGGGACUGGAAAUUUUGAAGAACAAAUGUUUUUAUAUCACAUCAAAAUCUCAUUAUGAAGAAGUAUCUAUGAAUGAUAUCAACAAUCAUAAAGUAAAUACCCAAGAAGAUGAUACCAUGAAUAGUAACAGCAAAGCUCUUCAAAUGAUGCUUAAGAUGGGAUGGGGCGGUAAAGGUCUAGGAACUAAAGAACAAGGUGAACAGAAAAGUGUCGCUGAGAAAAUAAUUGAAAAUAUAUCCAGAGAAGGUUUAGGAUUAGGUGGACAAUCCGUAAUGCAAGAAGUCGAUAAAAUUCUAGCAGAUUACGCAAAAUCUAAUAAAACUGUAACUUUAGGCUUCGAUUCAGGAUUUACUAAAGAAGAAAGAGCACAAAUUCAUUCGAUAGCAGCUAAAUAUCAUUUAAAAUCGAAAAGUGAAGGUGGUUUUAACAACAGGAGGAUUACUAUAAGUAAGAAGAUGAGCAAAUGGGUGUUGGUUAGGGAAUUGUUAAGAGUUGGUCUUGAAAAUGAAUCUUAUAUAUUAACCAUUCCUGAUGAUUUUCAACAUUUGUGGACGGAAGUGACUCCAUCUACUUAAAUAUUUGUGUUAUUAGUGGGUGCCCAGAUUGCUAUUUAUGACAUUGACUAUAAAGUAUUAAUAAAAAAACUACGAUGAUAAUGGUAGAUUUAAGAGGUAAAGGAAUAUGUGUAAGUUUAUUUAAUGCAUUUACCCACAGAUAAUUUAAUAAUGAAAAUUCUCAAUUAUUAGGAGAAUAUAUGUGUUUAAUACUAAGUGGAUGUUCCUAGGAGCAAAUAAAUUCUUUAAUAAAAAAAGAACUCAAAGUGAACUGUUUGAUUACAAGUUUAUUGUAUUGUGACAAAAAAUAAUAUACUCGAUAAAUAGAUAUGAUAAAUUGUGAUAAUUAUUAUGUUUUUGUUAAUAGAGGAACGUGAGGUUACUUAACUUGACAUAAAACUGCCUACUACUCUAUUUUCUAAAUGAUAGAAAAUAUACAUUUUGGUAUUUUCCCUAUAAUUUUCACAAAAAAUCAAUUUUACCGUCAUAAAAACAAAGUGGGACGUUUUAUCCCCAAAUUUGUACUAGCUAUAUGGUGAGGCGCGGAUCUGUGAGAGGAGACUAAGGAAAACUUCUCUCUGUAAAUCCCAAAGAGUUCCGAACAAUAAAAAUUGGGAAUUUUGAUAUCAAUUUGUUUUAUUAUUGUCAGUUCUACACCGUAAAUGCUAUAAAUUUAGAAGUGUAGAAACAUUUGGAACAGAGCAUAAUUAAAAAUUCAUCGUUUACGCCAAACAUUUUUCAAACAGCAUUCAAACUCUUAAAUUGUAUAUUAGAGUCUGUUAACAUCAUUAAUACAGCCUUCAUAAAUAUAUAUCAACCUGGGAUCUUCUGGAUUAUGUCACCAAUGUAUAGACUGAAGAUAUAGAGAAAUAUGGGGAUUCUAGAGCAAAAUCACUGAACAUAUCGAAGGCUUUUGACACAGUUCUAAAUAAAUUAAGAUCGUACGAUUUGUCAUUCUCACUCAUCGACUGAUUUUUUCAAAGACUAAUCCAUCCAGAUCCAUAUCGAUUGACAAACCUCUAACGUUCCCCGGGGAUACAUCUUGUCACCUACUAUUUAAUCCCUAGGGGACCCCAUGGGAUCACUCAUAGAGUAAUCAAAACUGUAAACCCUAACAAAGUAUAAGAAAAAACGGGGUGGAAUAAUCCCCUUUUUUAUAAAUUAUUUUGUAGAGGUUAUGUGCAGUUUUGAUUUCUUUUUAUUAAUAGUAUUUACAAAUAUUAGUACAGUCCAUAAAGUUAUUUUUCGUCACAAAUUAGUGACCUACUAAAACGGGUAGCAAAAAGAUAGUUUCGAAGGGGUGAUAUGUAUGAAAAUAGAUUGUGUCAAGGGGGUUACACGUACAAAGUUAACCAGAUGAAAAUUGAACGUCUUGAAACAUAAUUACUAAGUAUUUAGAUGCACUAAUUGGGCUAACACAAAAUAUAAUCACGUUUUGUUGGAUAAAAUUAAAUAGUAGAUUAGGACAUAAGAUAAAUGAUUAUAUAUAGUUGUGGUAAUUAUAAAGUAAAAUUUAAAUUUUGAUUAAUUAAAUAUUUUAGUUUAUUACAUAUAAAAUAACAGAAUGUACUAUCGAUUAUUAAUAACCUUUGGUCCUCUAUCAAUUAUUUUCGACAUGAAAAUUUUCACCCCCUAGUUAGGGUGGAGAACUCACCUCUAGGGUAAAAGUACACAUAAGCGUAGUAUAAAAAAUGAAUAAUUUCUCAUUAAAAUUAAUAAAAACAAUAACCAUAUGUAUAUAGAUCAUCCUACCGUUAGAACCAGACAUUGUAAAUUGUGGAAAGUAGAAUUAUCGAAUAAAAGUAAUUUUAUCAACAAUUUU